CCUGCAUCAGAGAAGCGUUUUCAUUCAUACAUCCCGGCACACCGUCCGCCUUUUCGAAAUAACUGUCAACCGUGGUAGGAACUUUUUUUCGUAAAGGGACUAAUUAUUUAUAUUGAGGAAUAAUUUGAUUGAAAGACUUGCCAACUACAACGAAGAUAUCGAGAGGGUCGGUAAAGUGAACAUUUUAGGCCUUUUCCUUCGAAGAAAAUGUUCCAGACUGUUCCAGACACCGCGUCUUACGUCAAGGAGGCGCUGUCAGUGGUGAGCGAAGACCAGUCUUUGUUCGAGCCGCCAUACGCUGCUGCUGCUCCCCUCCCCAAGGCUGAUAUGACUGCAUCGGGCACGCAGGACUACGGGCAGCCUCACAAGAUCAACCCCUUACCCCCACAGCAGGAGUGGAUCGGCCAGCCCGUACGUGUCCAUGUCAAGAGGGAAUACGACCACAUGAAUGGAUCCAGGGAGUCCCCGGUCGACUGCAGCGUGGGGAAAUGCAAUAAGCUGGUGGGCGGAACAGACGGCUCUCAGAUGAACUACGGGAGUUACAUGGAUGAGAAGAACGGACCGCCCCCAAACAUGACCACCAAUGAGAGGCGGGUCAUCGUCCCGGCAGACCCCUCCCUCUGGUCACAUGACCACGUGCGGCAGUGGCUGGAUUGGGCCAUCAAGGAGUACGGCCUGCUGGAGAUCGACGCCGCGCUCUUCCAGAACACGGACGGCAAGGAGCUCUGCAAGAUGAGCAAGGAGGACUUCCUGAGGCUCACGUCCGUCUACAACGCCGAAGUCCUGCUCUCGCAUCUCAAUUACCUCAGGGAAAGCAGCUCGUCGCUAACAUACAACACCCCAUCUCACACUGACCAGCCCCCACGCCUGGCCGUGAAGGAAGACACCUCAUAUGAAGCAGCACGGAGGACAGGCUGGUCGAACAACAUGCACAGCGGAAAAGGCCCUCCGGCAGUCACACAGAGCAUGUCCAAGACUCCUGAGCAACAACAGAGGACACAGCCAGAUCCCUACCAGAUCCUGGGCCCCACCAGCAGUCGCCUAGCCAACCCAGGCUCGGGACAGAUCCAGCUGUGGCAGUUCCUGCUGGAGCUGCUGUCGGACAGCGCCAACGCCGCCUGCAUCACGUGGGAGGGCACCAACGGCGAGUUCAAGAUGACGGACCCGGACGAGGUGGCGCGGCGCUGGGGCGAGCGCAAGAGCAAGCCCAACAUGAACUACGACAAGCUGAGCCGCGCCCUGCGCUACUACUACGACAAGAACAUCAUGACCAAGGUGCACGGCAAGCGCUACGCCUACAAGUUCGACUUCCACGGCAUCGCGCAGGCCCUGCAGCCCCACCCCACGGAGUCCUCCGUCUACAAGUACCCCUCGGACCUGGCCUACGUGCCCCCCUACCACGCGCACCAGCAGAAGGUCAACUUCGUCUCCCCCCACCCCGCCUCCAUGCCCGUCACCUCCUCCAACUUCUUCGGACCCAGCGCCCCCUACUGGAGCUCGCCGAGCGGCGGGAUCUACCCGAACCCCGGCGUGGCCCGGCACCCCAACUCCCACGUGCCGUCCCACCUGGGCAGCUACUAUUAAAACUACCCCCCCUCCCCCCCCGCGCUCUACUCCCCAAACGCCCCCUGGCACUCACAGAGGCAGGAGGACCGUCCACCGCCUUUACAUCCGAUAAAACCUUGGAAUUAAAAGUAAAGAUGCUGAAUUAAAGGAUUUACGGUUCUCAAAAGGAGGGAAUACAAUGGAUUUCAUCGUCCAGUCUUAAAUGGAGUCCUACUACUACUUCACUGUAUGUUUUUGUUUCUGUGCCGGGGCGGGGGAGGGGUGUGUGUAUGUCUUAUGUGCUGGGCGGGGGAGGGUAUGUCUUAUGUGCGUUUUUUUGUGCCUUUCUUCGUCUGAAGCUGCACUCGGAGCUGGGGUAGUCAGAAUUGCCCCUCUGCCCCCUCCCCAAAAACUGUACCCCCAUAUCAUGGGCAUUAUGGGACCAUUCAGGCCUUUUGACUGUUGUGUGCCGUGCCAGACCCUGUCCUGGGCUCCUGCGGGCCUCAAACUGUCCUGCUUCUGAAAAACCCCCUUCCAGCCCCACCAAACCAUUGUCUGCCAGGCCCGGGGACUUCCCAGUCAGUCUGUCCGUCCGUCCGUAUCCUGUCUGGACCCCC